AGUACGGUACGACGCCUAGUUUGGGAAAACCGCCCACUACAGCAGACUUCGUGCAACUGACUUCGAUAAACGGGUGGAAAAGAUGGCCAACCCAACUUACUUUAUAGCUGGAGAGCUGGGCAAAGGAGGAUUCGGAGUAGUGUACUUACUUAAAAGCGACAAAGAUGGCCCUCCGCUUGCCAUGAAGACAGUCGACCUGAGGAAGAUUCCAGAGGAUUUCAGGGAGCGAGCUAAGGACGAAGCCAAGCUUUUACAGAAUCUGAGCAACCCCUACCUGGUGCACCACGUCAACUCGUACAUGAGGCACCCGUACCUGUGCAUCAUCAUGGAGUUCUGCGCUGCUGGAGACCUCGAAAAGUUCAUCAAACAUCUGGGCUUCAAGAACCUACCCGAAAAACUCAUUACCUGCUGGUUGAUGCAGGCUGCAUCGGGGCUGAACUACAUGCAUACUCAUGAUCCUGUAGUACUCCACAGGGACCUGAAGCCACAGAAUAUUUAUAUCACUGGCACUGGUGGUCUGCGCCUUGGGGAUCUUGGACUAGCAAGGAAACUGGCUGGUCCGCAAGACAUGGCCACAACUGUGGCUGGAACUAUUGUAUAUCUCAGUCCAGAGAUGCUGAAUCAGAAACCAUACAAUUCAAAGACUGAUAUCUGGAGCCUUGGAUGUGUGUUUUAUGAUAUUGCAAGCAUGAAAUCCAAAGAGGAAGAAAUGGGCCUCAUGUUUCUGCUGUUUCAAGUCAUGGGUGGCAGGAAUGUACCUUUGCCAGAAAUCUACAGUGAAGGACUGAGAGAAACAAUCUUACGAAUGCUGACCAAAGACCCUCAAGAACGUCCGAGUGCUGGCAACAUUCUUAACAGCACUGUUGUGCAAAGCUUUCGUAAAAAUCCUGAGGAGCCAGCUAAUAUCAUCGCUGAACAUGCAAGAAAAGAAAGAAGACCUGUGCCAAAGAUUCCUAGAGAUUUGGCAGACAUUAGAUGUGGGCAAGUCCCCUUGGAUUCAAGAGACAUUCUGGUGCCACUGAAGGCAUUAGAGGACCUGAAGAAACUGAACAGUCCAAAGCCAAUACCAAUGCCAAAGCCGAGACUAAACCCUGUUAAAGUAGAGGAUGUUGCCCCAGUUAAGAAGGAAGAUAAAGUUAAUCCAAUGAGAGUCUUUAAUGGAAUGAGUGAGAACUCAAUGAUUUUGUUUGGAGGUGCACGAAACACAGCUGCCUCAGGGCCAUCUGCUGCUGUUGAAGGUGCUGUUGGAGGCAGUGAUGAUGCUAAUGAAACAUUCUUUGAUUCAAAGAAUGAGCCAGAGUAUGACGAGGAACACUUCUUGGCUAAGAUACAGGGGCUACAAGUGGACUGCACUAAUGGACUAGGAACAGAAGUGCUUCAGGCUGCCUAUGGAAUCAUUGCAAAUGUUCGAGACCUCAGUAUGCUUAAGGUGCAGCUGGAGGAACUGCUAGGCAAGUCCCUGUACACAAAAUAUAGUGCAAAGAUUCUGGAACUUCGAGUUCUUGAAUAUGCCCUCCACAAAAAACUGAGCAGCGUCAGGUGAGGAGAUGACGUGCAGGAGAUGAGAAAGCACCUGCUUGAUGCUGACAACAGGAAACUGCGCAGUGCACACAGAAAAUUAAGAAUUAUUAAGAAUAAUGCUAGUGAACUGAACACCUACUACACAUUGCGGAGUAAUUAUGACAUCUUAUGGCAUACACACCUAUUUUAUUGACAAUAUGUCAGAAAAUGAAGUAUUAUGGCAAAAGUGUUAAAGACAGCAAUGGACACCUUCAAAUGCUGACUUUUAACUUGCACAUUUAAGUAUUUUUGUUCAUGAGUAGAUCAUUAAUAGUAGAUGUAUAAUAUAUAUAGGUGUGUGCAUUUAGAUAUACGUAUGUGCAAUCAAGUGUGAGUGAUGGAGUUAAAAAGAGUUUGUGUGUGUUUGUGUGCGUGGGCACACGUAUUCAAUGUCAUGCACAUUCAAGUGUUCAUGAACAUGUUUUUAAAAGAAAAUCUUGUGUCUUUGUGUGAAUGAAAUUCCCAAUUUUGGAUUUUCUGUCUGAUGUAAAAAUGCUCCUUUUUAGUGGAUCUCAUUUAGAGAACAAAAGAGAGAGAGAAAGUGAAAGAGAGAAAGAGUAUGUGUGUGCAUGCACCCAUGCAUGUGCAGGUGCACAUAUUCAUGUACAUACAAGAGUUGACAAAAUUAUUAGAAUUCUAAUGCUUUAGAUACUUUAGGUCGAUGAGAUAUGAAUCUAUUAAAAGUAUUGCUCACAUGUUUGUUUUCUUUUUAAAAUAUUUGACUUCUCUGUCUUGUUUUGCAAUCAAGAUACAAUGGCUUCAUGUUGUCCAUGGAUUCCUAAAACAUCAACUUACUGUUAUUAAUUACUCAGCUGACAGACUCUUAGAUAAUGCCCAGUUCAUUUCACAAUACAUGUAUUCAUGAAAUAUGUUUAUGACACUGUAAAUGUUUUGAUCAUGAGUAGACACAUACUUUUUAAAAACACUUAUACACUUAACACAUCCCUUUUCAUUAUAUUUAAAAUUGUUGAUAAUUUCUGUUUAGUUUGAAUAAUGACACGUUAUUGGAAGUGUCCAUGUAUUACUAUAAAGCGCCCAGUUGCAGUAAAAUGUUCUUCAAGUUUACUAAAGAUCUUUAUUAUUGAUAGUGUGUACUCUUAUUUCAUACACCUGCACUUUACAAGAAAUAUCUACACUGUCGGAUGAUUUGUAGGGUAAACCAUAAGAAAGUCAGCAUUCCUCUGUAACCAGUAGACCUAAUGAACAGCCAUCACCAUAUUGUCUAUUAUCAAUCAUCAAUUAUUAUAAAACAUCUAGGAAAGUAGAUCUUUUGCCACAGUCAAUAUUGUAUCUUCUAUAAAUAUUAAAUUAUAUUCCUUAAUAAUUAGGUUUGAUAUACUGUGAUGCUUGGCUGUAAAUGCCAGGCUAUUAACAUUUUGUUGUUAUAAUAAUAUCUCUUAAAAUGAUUUUCUGUUUAGUUUAAUUUAUAUUAAUGUUCUUCCUAUUAACUCCUAGUGGAGCAUAGGGUCGCUUUAUUUUAUAUUACUGUCAGUAAUUUGACUGGUUUGUUAGCAAUCUCAUUCCUGUAUAGUUUAAUGCAAGGUUGUGAUGCAAUAAACAGACAAUAACAAAACAA